AUGGCGUGCCGUAUCCGAAUUAGGAUUAGAUAUUCUGAAGAGGUCGUGACAUUUUGCUGCUUGUUUCGGUGCAGAAUGCCUCGCUACGAUGAGCGUGAUCGUUAUGGCGGCAACACAAGGCUGUACGUGGGUCGUCUUCCCUCGCGCACCCGCACAAGGGACCUUGAAGACCUCUUCGGCAGAUAUGGGAGAGCAGAAAUUGAGACACACCUGUUCAAUUUCUUGCACCCAAUGGCGUUAGUCAUCCACAUGGUUUUGGGGGCUUACCCAACCUCGGUGUCCAUGGUGGAUUGGUGGGAGGGUGCCCUUGGUGGAAUUGGUGGCUAUUCUCGCAAAUUCAUUCUGCGUGGUGAUACAUUUCUCUACUUGCGUCUUGAUGGUGUUACUGUUUCCGGAAACCAUUUCCACAGAGUGCGACAUGUGGAUAUGAAGCAUGAGUUUGCAUUUGUUGAGUUUAGUGAUCCCAGGGAUGCUGAUGAAGCAAGGUACAAUCUUGAUGGUCGUGACUUUGAUGGAAGCCGCAUGAUUGUUGAGUUUGCUAAAGGGGUUCCGCGUGGCCAAGGAGGAGGAGGUGACCGUGACCGUGGCCGUGGCGGUGACCGUGAAUAUAUGGGUCGGGGACCUCCUCCUGGUUCUGGCCGUUGCUUUAACUGUGGGAUUGAUGGGCAUUGGGCUCGUGACUGCAAAGCUGGCGACUGGAAAAAUAGGUGCUAUCGUUGUGGAGAUAGUGGCCACAUAGAAAGGGAUUGCCAGAACAGCCCUAAGAACCUCAAGCGUGGAAAGAGUUACUCCAGAUCUCCAUCUCCUCGCCGUGGAAGGGUGCGUGAUAGGAGCUACAGCAGGAGCCGCAGUAGGAGCUACAGCCGCUCUGUUUCCCCAAGGAGGGAUGAAAGGCGAUCAAGGAGCCCCCGUGACAGUCGCAGCCCAAGGAGGAGCCCCCGUGACAGUCGCAGCCCAAGGAGGAGCCCCCGUGACAGUCGCAGCCCCAGGAGGAGCCCCCGCGACAGUCGCAGCCCUAUGAAGAGCCCCCGUGGCAGUCGCAGCCCUAUGAGGAGCCCCCGUGACAGCCGCAGCCCUAGGAGGAGCGCUUCACCUGCCAAGGGGAGGGCCCGGAGCCCCACCCCUCCUGGCAGCAGGAGCCCUGCACCAAGGGAAAACAGCAGGAGCCCAAUGAAGGCUGACAGCCCUAAUAACAUGAGCCCAGCUGCAAAUGGUCGUAGCCCGAGCCCCAGGGACGGCGAAGACAAUGGCAACCACCGUGCACCCAGUGGAAGUGCAUCACCCGGUGGUGGUUGA